UAGAAGGAAAACCGGAAUAAACCAACCAGAACCAACACAUUGGUGGGAUUCAAAUGAUGUGAGGUGGAAAGUCUAUGAAAGCAAUGGUAUUAAUAUUAAAAUAGACGUUUUCCAGGAUACCACAGUUUAUACCGUCUCCUCAUGUUGUGAAAUAUUGGCAAGAUGACAUCAGCAGCAACACCGUUUGGAGGAAGUUUUUUUGGUAACAAAACUACGGCAUCCACACUGACUUUUGGUACCCCAGCCGUCACCGCUACAUCUUCAGCAUUUUCAUUUGGAACACCGAAAUCUACGGCUACAACAGGGUUUGGGUUAGCCACAAAGACGACAGCUUCAAGUAUUUUCAAUACAGGGGGAACCAGUUCUCUUUUUUCUGGAGGAUUAGGUUCCACUGCCACAAAAGGUUUUGGCGGUUUUGCUACAACAACUGCUUCAGCCACUAAAGGUUUCGGUGGCUUUGGGUUAGCUACAACAACAACCACCGCCAGUAAAGGAUUUGGUGGAUUUGGAACAACUGGAUUGGGAGGAACGACAACAUUGAAUAAUACGCAACAGCCUGAUCCCAAUGAUUUGUCAGUAAUAUUAUCCGCAAUCUCAGUACCAAAUAUAUUUGAUGAUGAUCGGGAUGCAAUCUUGGCAAAGUUCAAUAAAAUGCAAGGAUUCCUUGGUGUUGGUCAAGGAUACUUUAACAAGAGUAUGCCACCUGUUACCUUCAACAUGGAGAAUCCUUUCUGUAGAUUCAAGUCAGUGGGAUAUAGCUGCAAGCCAUCAGAACCUGAUUCUGCUGGUUUAGUAGCUCUAACUAUCAAUAAGAAACAGCAAGAUGUAAAAACUCAUCAACAACAACUUGUUGAAGCACUUCAAAAGUUGUUUGGUAAUAAGCCAAACAUUGUUGUGUUUGUUGAAGGAUUGAAACCGUUACCAGAAGAUAAGACUGAAGUUGUGGUUUAUUUACUGGAGAGAGAUGCCAGCGGAAAUUCCAGACGUUUUCCUGCUUCGGAAGUGUCAAAGUAUUUAAAUCAAACAAGCAUGAAGACUCAGUUACAAUCGCUUGGGGUGUUAAAAGUGAUUGCUAAAGCAGAUCUAACUGAAGACCAACUAAAUAUGUACCUCAGCAAUCCUCCUGCAGGUAUCCAUCCCAUAUUAUGGGAACAGGCCAGAAAGGAUAAUCCUCAACCCCACAGACUUGUGCCAGUGCCAAUUUUGGGCUUUGAACAACUUCAGAGUAGAAUAAAGCAACAAGAACAAGAAACUGCUUUACACCAACAUGCCCUUGAGAUUUUGUCUGAUGAUAUUACCACCUUACAACAGAAACAUACUGAAACUUUAACGAAAUUAGCAGAGUACAAAAGACGUUUCCUUGAUCUCAGUCACAGAGUACUCAAGGUGAUAUCAAAACAGGAAGUAAAGCGUAAAGCUGGUUGCUCUAUUCAAGUUAAUGAAGAAGAUUUAAGGAUACAGCUUGAGUCAAAUUUGGCAGCAUUAAAUGCGCCAACCCAGUUUAAGGGUCGUCUAAAUGAGCUUGUGGCACAACUUCGUCUUCAACAACAGAUGACCAACAAUCCGCUAGACGUCCGUUACUCCAUGGAGAAAUCUAUUCAUUCAGACUUGAAACAGCAUUUAGAAAAGCAACAAGAAGGUUUAAAGCAUCUUACAAAUGUCAUUCGCAAUGAUCACGAGGAUUUAAAAUUAAUUCAACAAGGACUGGAAGAACCUACGCCAAGAAGGUGAUAACUGAUAACGUACAACUCCCCAUACAAUAUGGUGCUAAUUAUCAUCCACUAGCAAGACUGCUGCUGAUACGAGGAACACGAUCUAAAACGUGAAAUGGCAACAAAAAAGAAAACUGGAAAGUGGCAUUAAUUUUAAUUUAUACAUACGCACUACUAUAGAUACACAUAAUUAAAGUUAUGCUAAUAAACAUGGGACUAUCCUAGCAUACAGGAUUAUUGGCGAAUAGACGGGUUUUAUUUUGUGAGCACGAGCAAGCAGCUAUUGGAUUCAUAUGAUUGAUGGCUGGUGACAGAAAACGGUUUAUUCCGCCUCAAAUAUGCGAAACGUCAUUUUAGAAAGGUUUUAGAAAAACUAUUGUUUUUCAUCUGUAUUAUUUGGUUCUGCAUGACAGCAUGUUAAUUCUAUUGUCUAUCAUUACCAU